CAGAGGAAAUCCCAGCCAUAGACUGAAGUCCAACCGCUCACUUAAAUAAGCGCUUCCUCAUACAUUUGCACUUGCUUCUGCAUACUACUGACUGCUGGGAAAGAGAACCUCUUGAGCUUGUAUUUACUGAUGGAGAAAUAAAGUCAACGUUAUGUCGGAGUCAGCUCAUUAACAGGGAAUCCAGUGGAUAAAUAGUUUCUUACAUCAGCUCAAGACAAUGGAGAAGAUGUCACAGGAAGCACAAGUGAAUGCGGAGCAGCAACUGUCUUCAAACACAAGGAGAAGUUUCAACUUCUCAUCUCUUCGUAUAAAAAAAAGGCACAACAGCAAUGAAGAGGGUGGAUUUAGAAGGCCCAGAGGGUUGCUGUCGUUUUCAUCAGUGCGAGAUUCAUCAAGGAAGGAGCCGGUCUCCGAUGGUGAUGGUGCCUCCCAGCUCCGUGGUUCUCAAGACCAGGUGAAGAAGACAGAAAGGCACAACAGCAAUGAAGAGGGUGGAUUUAGAAGGCCCAGAGGGUUGCGGUCGUUUUCAUCAGUGCGAGAUUCAUCAAGGAAGGAGCCGGUCUCCGAUGGUGAUGGUGCCUCCCAGCUCCGUGGUUCUCAAGACCAGGUGAAGAAGACAGGUGAACAGCCCAUAGGGAACAUCAUCUCUGAUGUCGCUGGAAACCACGGUCCCAUCCCAUCAGGUGAAGAUGAAGGUGGACGACAAGGGGCCCUCAAGAGGUUUAGUGCCAUGUGGUCCUCCUUCCGCAGAGGCAGAAAAGACAGAUCGAAAGACCAGGAGCCUGCAGAGCCACUCGGCCAAACAGUGGAACCCAACACAUCCAGGCAGCACCGCUACUUAAGUGGUCAGUACUUCUUUGAGUAUCUGGUGGUUGUCAGCCUCAAGAAGAACAAGGAUGGAAGCAACUAUGAGCCUCAGAUCACCUACCAGUUUCCAAAGAGGGAUGGGAUGGCCAGAUCCCAGAAGGAGGAUGAAGAGAAGACGCUAAAGGCAAUCACAUUGUUUUGUUUCCCAGAAGGCAUCAGCUGGGCUCCUUUAACAGAAUACCACAGUGAGACCUUCUCCUUUGUUCUGACUGAGGUUGAUGGCAGCAGAAGAAAUGGAUACUGCAGGAGGUUAUUGCCCGGAGGGAAAGGAGCUCGUCCCCCGGAGGCGUACUGCAUCAUUAGCAGUCUGGCUUGUUUCGGCCUCUUUUCCAAGAUAUUUGACGAGGUGGAGAAGCGGCGGCAGAUCUCCAUGGCUAUGAUCUAUCCAUUCAUGCAGAAGCUGCGGGAGGCCCCAUUCCCAGCUCCGGGAAACACUGUGGAGAUUAAGAGCUUCAUUCCUGAGUCGGGCACUGAGAUCAUCAGUCUGACGCGUCCACUGGAUUCAUGGCUGGAACAUGUCAACUUUGCCACACUUUUCGACUGCCUGACAGAUGAUGAGGUGUUACUGGUGUUCGCUGCCGCUGUCCUGGAGAGACGGAUCAUUUUCAUCGCGGAUGAACUGGGCACAUUAUCCCAAGUCAUUCAUGCAGUAGCAGCGCUCCUUUACCCCUUCACCUGGCAGCACACCUUGAUCUCCAUUGUUCCUGAGAUCCUGAUUGAUGUAGUGAUGGCACCCACCCCCUAUCUGCUGGGAGUCCAGAAGCGCCUGCUGGACCAGGCCAUCGACCAGAGUGAUCUGAUGGUCGACUUGUCUGAGGAUAAAAAGAAGACCUUCCUUUUUUUGACUGGGGAUGAAGCCUCUAUUCUGCCCCCAAAGCUCCAAACAGAAAUACUAGAGGCACUAAGUAAAAGACAAGAAGCAUCAACGGUGGAGGAGCUGAACCGAGUGGUGUCGGAAGCCUUCCUGCAUUUCUUUGUGAAAACAGUCGGCCAUUACGCCUCAUAUGUGAAAUACCGUCACGGGGCACAGGGAGUGUUUGAAAAGAGAAGCUUCUACAAGGCCAUUGAGCCCAAGACCACUCGACACUUUGUCAAGAAGUUCCUCCAGACACAGAUGUUCGACCUGUUUAUCCAGGAGGUGGAGCAGCAGCAGCCUGGGCCGCAGCAAGGAAUAUUCCACAAAAAGAUCCUAGAAUACGAAGAAAAGAAGAAAAGGGACAAAGCAAGGAAACACUAACUUUCAGUCGGGGCUUUUGGUGUAUAUAAUAGAGUACAUAGGAAAAGAUGUGAAUGAUGUCCUGUGUCAGUUUGGUUUUAAAUAUGUAUGCAAUGUGUGAAUUACUGUAUGGCUAGCUUGCUGCUACUCUGUCAAACACUGGCAGAAUGAGGGAGUUGAGUUCCAGGUGUUGAUUCUUGGCCUGCGGCCUGUGCCAAUGAGCAGGAAAAUCAUUUCAAAUAAAGACUAGUUUUUCAUGUCCACA